AUGUUCUACUACUGCUGCUGCCGCCAGCAGUUUGUGGUCAUACUGGUCUGCCUAAUCUAUAUACUGCUUGUCCUAAUCUUCUUCAUCAAUGUGUUUCUCGCCGAUCGCAAUAUGCACACCAAUCUUAUGAUGAGGGGUGCUGGAGGCAUGCCAAAUGGUGGCGGCGGCGGCGGCGGAAUCGGAGGAGGAAUGAUUGGAGCAGCCGGAGGUGGCGGUAUACAUCCAGGUCAUCACAAUCCGUACGAUAUGCAUGGCUAUCAUCAUUAUAACAAUUAUCAUCCACAAAUGGAUCCCAAGCAGCAGCAGGAAGCGGCACGAAAGACACCCAAUCAACAGCAAGUAGAACAGGAUAUCUACUAUUAUUUCAAUCAUGUAUUCAGAAGGCGGAGACGGCGUUAAACAUAAAGAAAGAAAAGAAAAAACAACAAACAACGUAGAAAUAGAGCAAAAGGAACAGAAGGUGGAGCACGCAGAAGCGGCGGAGCGGAAAGAAACAAAACAAAAUGCAAGAAAAUUAUCUGAAAACCCAAAAUCGUUUGCAAACAUCAACAACUAAAACAAAAUAUUAUAUACACUUAAAUUUUAUAUAUAUAUAUAUACAGACAUAUAGAUAUAUAUACUUAGAUAUAUAUAAUAAAUUAUAUAGUCAGGCCAACUAUGUAAAAAAUGGAAGGAAAAAAAAAACAAAACAACAAAUCUAUUGUAAACUUAAUUCAGUUUGAAAAUGAUAAACCACAUUAACUAUAUAGAUCUAUAGAUAAUAUUGAAAUACUUAUCAUAAACAAGCCGCAACUAAUCCAUAAACUACACACACACACAUAUAUAUAUAUAUAUAUAUAUAGAAUCUUAUAUGUAUAUGUAUAUAUAUUUUUUUUUUCACAAUGCGCAUGAGAUGAAAAAUUAGAACAAAUUUUGAAAAACCAAAAAAAAAACAUGGAAAACUAAAUCUUGCUAAAUUACAAAGAAUCUAAACAUUGGUUUUGCUAAUAACAACUAGGGGAAGACGACCUAUAUUAUACCCUGUACAAAAAUAGUCAGCAGAAACACUUUUGGAAUUAGAUAAUAGGAAU